UUGAAUUUGCUGAACUAUGGUUUGCAAAUAUUAAAUUUCUGGAUGGAAAUCUUUAAUAAUAAAUAUUGGAAAUUACAGCAAAAAAUACGUCUAAAUGGUCCAAUUACAGUGGCUGAUUAUAUGCGAAUGACUAUAUCAUUACCUAUGUCUGGUUAUUAUCAGCAGUUUUCGAAUAAUCACGAAAUCUUUGGUCAUAAGGGUGAUUUUAUUACAGCGCCUGAAAUUAGUCAGCUUUUCGGUGAGAUGAUUGGUGUUUGGUGUUACUACGAGGUAGGGAACGCAGGUCAUAAAGGUGAGUGGCAACUUGUUGAAUGUGGACCUGGUACUGGUCAAUUCAUGAAUGAUAUUUCAAGAACAUUAGAUCGUUUUAAAGAAAAGAAGUUUUCUAUCCAUCUCGUCGAAAUAUCGGAUUCUUUGAUAAAAAAACAAGAGAAUAUUCUUUGCAACUCAAUUACUAAUUAUAUUGAAGGACAUCCGUAUAUCAAGUCUAACAUAACGAAAUACGGGAUUCCCAUCUUUUGGUAUCGAUCAGUUGAUGAAAUUCCCACGAAGUUUUCAGUUUUUAUUGCGAAUGAAUUUCUUGAUGCUUUACCAAUACAUCAGUUUCAAAAAGAUGAUGUUGGUCAAUGGCAUGAGAUUUAUAUUGCUUUGAAUGAGAAUGACCAGUUAUAUUUUAUGUUAUCAAAAGGCGAAAAUUUGUAUACAAAAGGUCUGAUUCCUGAAAAGGUUCGACGCGAUCAUAAGCGAACGGUGUGGGAACUGUGUCCUGAUGCAUGCUUAUUUGUUAGCCAAAUCGCGGAAAGAAUCACUCAAUAUGGCGGUAUUGGUUUAUUAAUUGAUUACGGUCAUGAUGGUCAGCGGUCAACACUGUCCCUUCGUGCUUAUAAAAAUCAUCAAUUGGUCAAUCCAUUGAAAAAUCCGGGCAAGCAGGAUAUUACCGCGGAUAUUGAUUUCGGCUAUCUUAGAAGCUUGAUUGAAGAACAGACGCAAGGUUUAAGGGAAUUUUUAACUCAUAUGGGUAUCGGAAUCCGACUCAACCGAUUGCUGCAAUCAUGUUCGAAUGAAAAAGAUCGGGAAAACUUAGUUGAAUCUUAUAAAUUUCUUAUGUCCGAUGAAGGAAUGGGAUCGCGCUUCAAAGUAAUGUCAAUUUACCCGAAAGUACUUUAUGAAACUCUAAUAUUCAGGCAAGGACCAGCUGGUUUUCCUCAAGAUUAUUCCAGAAAUAUUCUUGGUGAAUGA